CUAAUGAAAUUUAUAAAGUUGAUAAUACAAAUAAAAAAGAUGAAUUCGAUCAAGUUGAUGAUGCAAAUAAAGAAGAUGAAUUUGAUGAUACAAAUAAAGAAAAUGAAUUCAAUCAAAUUAAAAAUUCAUCAGUAUCAAAACACAGAGGACAUUCAGCAACAAAACGUUAUAAAUUAGCAACUGAGACAAAAAAAAACUACACACAAAAUAUAUCUGUAGAACAUGCAGUCAAACAGGACAUAAUACUACGAGAUAUCAAAAUCGUUAGAUAA